UUCCCACAUUUUCUUUUUUCAAAGGCUGGUGUCGUUAUCGUUGACUAACAAUAAUAAACAAUUAAACUUUGUAUAAUAUUUUGAUAUAUAGCUAGUGUUGUCAUUAACUAAACACUUAAUACUAUAUAUUAAUGUUAAAACAUUCUUUGUGAAUAAUGAGUUAAACUUAAUUUCAGUUUAAUGACAGUUAUGGAUGGAUUACUAGAAGUUCGUAAAAUGGAUGCUGCUAUCAGGUAUGAAUUAAUUAGUUUGUUGGAUAUUAAUGAAGGAUGGAAGCAGCUUAUGUCUGUAAUUACAGUUGACUGUAGUCCUUACAGUGAUUUAAAGUACACAAUUGAUCAUAUAAAUCGUAUAGAGAUAGCUGGACAUACUCAGCGAAGAUCUUGUAGUGAAAUAUUUCUUGAAGAAUGGGGCACAAGUGGCAGGAGAAGACCUAAUCUUAUGACAUUAGCAGAAUUUUUAGUAAAAGCUAAACUACUGAGGGCUGCUGAAUAUGUAACUUCCAAGAUUUUAAAUGGACAAUUACCUGAUAGGCCUAAAGAAGGCCCAUCAGCAUCAAUAGAUGUUUCAAUUAUUGACCAAUUAACUUGUUCAUAUAACAGUGAAGACUUUAGGUCUACUUUUUAUGUUAAUCUGUCAUGCUCCGAUAUUAAUACUAUCAAAAACAAUAAAAGAUUCAGUGAUAUUGAAGUGCCUUAUAAAUAUCUAUAUGAUAACACAGAUGGAUUUUCAAAUUCAUGUUUAAUUGGUAAUGGUGGAUUUGGAAAGGUAUAUAAAGGAAGUAUUAAUAAUUGUGAAGUAGCUAUAAAACGUAUGAAUAAAGUUUUUGAUAAAAAAGAUUUUGAUCAGUACUUAAAAGAAAUAGAAAUAGUUAUCAAAUGUAAGCAUGAAAAUUUGCUUCCUUUGCUGGCUAUAUCAUGUGAUGUAGAGCCAUGUGUAAUUUAUGAAUUUAUGGAAAAUGGGUCAUUAUUGGAUUGCCUUUCAUUAAAAGAUGAAGUGUCAAUAAUUGAUUGGAUGUUAAGAUUGAAUGUGGCUUCAGACAUAGCUAAUGGUUUGGUUUAUCUUCAUACAAAUUUUGAAAACCCUAUUAUCCAUAGAGAUAUUAAGACAGCUAACAUUCUUCUUAAUAGUAAAUUUAUUGCCAAAAUUGGUGAUUUUGGAUUAACACGUGUUGGAGAUCAUACCAUGACAUCUGUAGUUUUUGGCACAUCUGCAUAUAUGUCACCAGAAGCUUUUAGAGGUGAUAUUUCAGUGAAAAUGGAUGUUUUUAGCUUUGGAAUAGUAUUAUUAGAAUUGUUAACAGGACUACCUCCUUAUGAUAAAUCUCGAAUAGGAUGUGAUUUAUUAACUCAUAUUUAUGAAAUUGAACGUCCUAUUAAUGAGUUGUUAGACAAACGAGCUGGAUGUUGGAACUUAAAUAUAGGAAUCAAAAUGUAUGAAUUAGCCAUUCUUUGUACAACUAACAAAUCACAAAGACCAUUCAUGCAUGGUCAAGAAGGAGUACUUGAAUUACUGAAAAAUAUUCAUUCAACUUGUGAUCAUUUAAAAAUUAAUAAUUAUUAAAAUUGAAUACUUAAAAAAUUAUAAAAUAGAGUAUGUAAUAAAAUAAAUUAUAUUUGACACUCAA